CCUUAGUUAUGAAAAACUGAGAAACCUGUCAAACUUAACCUUCAAAAAUCCGAAUUUUUUCACAAAUCUCAGAUUUGAUCUCUCGCUAGGAGCAUGUCUCUAAGAUAGCGUCACAUGUGUGAUUACGUAUAACGAAUGUUCAAGAGAUAAUAACCUAACAAUCAACACUGACGUUUAUUCGGCACUCACAUUCUCCUCCACGACCUUAAAUCACCUUGACUGUCAAAUCAGAAAUGGCACCGAUCAAAGCCACCAGUCUCCUAAAUUUGGCCGGAAAAGCACUCAACCGAAGACAAUUCUCAGUGUCAAAAAUCGUCGCUGCCAAACAAAUGACAGUCAGAGACGCCCUAAAUUCAGCCCUAGACGAGGAAAUGACUCGGGAUGACAGGGUGUUUGUCAUUGGCGAAGAAGUGGCUCAAUACGACGGCGCGUAUAAGGUCACAAGGGGGCUGUGGAAGAAAUACGGGGAUAAAAGAGUCAUCGAUACGCCAAUCACAGAAAUGGGGUUCACAGGAAUCGCCGUUGGGGCUGCCAUGGCCGGUCUGCGCCCCGUCUGCGAGUACAUGACUUUCAAUUUCGCCAUGCAAGCCAUCGACCAGAUCAUAAACUCGGCAGGAAAGACCUUUUACAUGUCCGCAGGCCGCGUCAACGUUCCUAUAGUUUUUCGGGGCCCCAAUGGGGCUGCCUCCGGCGUAGCCGCCCAACAUUCCCAAUGCUACGGCGCCUGGUAUGCCCACUGUCCCGGCCUGAAAGUCAUCUCCCCGUAUAAUUCCGAAGACUGCAAGGGGCUCCUCAAAGCCGCGAUUCGAGACCCUGACCCCGUUGUUUUCCUCGAAAACGAAAUUUUAUACGGGGUACAAUACCCCAUGUCAGAUCAGGCCCUCUCGAACGAUUUCGUCCUUCCUAUAGGCAAAGCGAAAAUUGAACGACCAGGGAAACAUAUAACGAUAGUGGCGCACUCUAGGGCGGUUGAAACGUCACUUCAAGCCGCAAAUGAACUUUCAUCGAAAGGAAUAGAAGCAGAAGUGAUUAAUUUACGAUCGUUGCGCCCUCUUGACAUCAAUACGAUAACUGCCUCAGUUGCUAAAACGAAUCAUUUAAUUACGGUGGAACAAGGGUGGCCUUCGGCUGGGAUUGGGGCAGAGAUUUUAGCAAGAAUUAUGGAAAGUGAGGCCUUUUUCCAUUUAGAUCAACCAGCGAUCAGACUGACAGGCGUUGACACGCCCAUGCCAUAUACGAAAAGUUUAGAAAUGGCCGCGAUUCCGGUUCCCAAAGACGUAGUAGAAAUGACGAAAAAACUGUUGAAGGUUAAGUAAAUGUUGAGAUUAUGUUCCUUUGUUUUAAAUUGAAUCGUCUGUAUUUGCCGACCUACAGUUAUUUAUUUAUUUAUUUUUGUCUGCCUUCUAAAUCAAUCAAAGGAUAAGUUUACAAUUUUUACUUGUACAAACCGUUAUUGUAAAUAAUAGUCUAGUCUUAAUUGGAUCAAGUGUAUAUUGCAUUUUUUAAACUGGUUUUGUCAUUUUUUUCUUCAUGUGACCAGCUUUACGGUUACGUCGGUUGUAAAUUUUUGUAGACAAUAAAACAAUAAGACAAUAA